CAUGAGGCUUUCCGGCAACUGCUAGCAGUCAGGAAAUUGCCCUGUGAGGAAAAUUGUGGUUUCUUUAAACUGCUGUCUGCGUAUCCACUGCUAGCUAAUAUAAUAUUUCAGUUUGGACACACUUAUUGAAAAUGCAGAGUGAGAAGCAGGAUCCAGUAAAUUACUACGUUGGGAUUGAUGUUGGAACGGCAAGUGUUCGUGCAGCUUUGGUAGACCAAUUUGGGACAGUAGUGGCACAUGCAGAUCAGCCAAUCCAAAUUUGGGAACCCCAACCAGACCACUAUGAGCAAUCCUCUGAUGACAUCUGGGCUGCUUGUUGCACAGUGACAAAGAAAGUCAUCCAACAAGUAGAGGUUGCCUGGAUUCGAGGGCUCGGUUUUGAUGCUACGUGUUCACUUGUUGUUGUGGAUAAGCAGUUUCAGCCCUUGGCAGUUAAUUAUGAAGGGGAAUGUAAAAGAAACAUCAUUAUGUGGAUGGACCAUCGUGCAGCCAGUCAAGUGGACAGAAUCAAUGGAACUCAACACAGUGUUUUGAGCUACGUUGGGGGAGCGAUGUCUGUAGAAAUGCAGCCGCCUAAGUUGCUGUGGAUGAAAGAAAACUUAAGAGAGUCUUGCUGGGAAAAGGCAGGCUACUUCUUUGAUCUUCCAGAUUUCUUAUCAUGGAAAGCAACAGGUGUCACUGCAAGGUCUCUCUGUCCAUUGGUGUGCAAAUGGACAUAUUCCCCAGAGAAGGGCUGGGAUGAUAGUUUCUGGAAGGUGAUUGGCUUAGAAGAUUUGGUGGCAGAUAAGUAUGAAAAAAUAGGAAACCAAGUCCUGUCUCCUGGAGCUUCUGUUGGAAAUGGCCUAAUGCCAGAGGCUGCAAAAGACCUCGGUCUUGCUGAAGGGACUGCAGUAGCAGCAUCUCUCAUUGAUGCACAUGCUGGAGGACUAGGAGUGAUUGGAGCAGAUGUGAAAGGAUAUAACCUGCCCUGUGAAAAUCAGCCAGUUACGUCCCGGCUUGCUGUGAUAUGUGGAACAUCUUCCUGUCACAUGGGGAUAAGUGAUGCUCCCAUUUUUGUGCCUGGUGUUUGGGGUCCCUAUUACUCAGCCAUGGUGCCUGGAUUCUGGUUGAAUGAGGGAGGCCAAAGUGCUACAGGAAAACUGAUAGAUCACGUAGUUCGAGGCCACAUUGCCUUCCCAGAGUUACAAGCAAAAGCUGCAGCCAGGCAAGCCACCAUUAUGCCAGUCGGCUGCAGUUUUGGAACUGACCAGCAGGAAGCAUUGCACAAGGAGUGCAGCUGCUACUGCUUCAGAAGUGCUCAAAAUAUAUAUACAUACUUGAACAGUCACCUGGAUCUGAUUAAGAAAUCUUUGCCUGUGGGUUUCCUCACUGUUGAUUUACACGUUUGGCCAGAUUUCCAUGGUAACCGAUCUCCCUUAGCAGAUCUGACACUGAAGGGCAUGGUUGUUGGACUGACAUUGUAUCAAGGCCUUGAUGAACUCGCACUUAUCUACUUGGCCACAAUUCAAGCCAUUGCUUUGGGAACAAGACAUAUUUUGGAAACUCUACAGUCUGCCGGGCAUCACAUCAGCACUCUGUUUCUGUGCGGUGGACUGAGCAAGAAUCCACUCUUUGUGCAGAUGCAUGCUGACGUUACCGGAAAGCCCAUUGUCCUGUCCAAAGAGGUGGAGUCUGUUUUAGUUGGUGCUGCUAUUCUUGGAGCUUGUGCUUCUGGAGAUUUUGCUUCGGUACAGGAGGCCAUGGAGAGAAUGGGGAAAAUCGGGAAAAUCGUGCAACCAAACCACAGGGAUAAAAGAUUUUAUGACAAGAAGUAUGAAGUGUUUCUGAAACUUGUUGAACAUCAGAGAGAGUAUAAAGCCAUCAUGCAAGGCGUAUAAUCAACAGUCAUAUAAUCUGGGAACUACAGGGAUCACAGAAUUUCCAGAGGUUUACAAUUAAAAGUUCAUAGGAA